AUGGCAUUGGCUGUUGCCCCGUUUGGUCCUCUCCAACCCAUUGGUGAUAAUAUCUAUCUCUUCGAGACCCCGGAACCCACUGGCGUGACCGCCACCGCUGGCCCUACACUCAUCACUCUCUGUACCUGGCUCGGAGGCGCAACGCCCCAGCACAUCCAGAAAUACGUCACUGGCUACCGAGCCCUCUACCCCAAUUCUGCCAUUCUCCUUAUCACCACGCGCAUCCUGGAGAUAAGCGCACUCCCAUUCAGUGUCCUACACACGCGUUUGACCCCCGCCCGCGAUGCCAUUCGUAGAAUUGUCACCCAGCCUUCCAUAGGGAAAGAAGACAAGGAAAGUAGAGGUUCCGUUCUGCUGCACAUUUUCUCGCACGGCGGCUGCAAUACCGCCAUCCAGCUCGCUAUUUCCCUACGCAAGGAUCCUAUUUAUCUCCACUAG